GAGAGAGAAUGGGGAUUAGAGAAGUGUGGAGUAACAAGAUCAGCAGAGAGGAACUGAGUGCAGGGGAUCACAUAUACUCAUGGAGGGGCAGCUCACGCCUCUUCGCUCAUCACGGGAUAUAUGCAGGUGGGGGGAUGGUGAUCCACUUCACUCGGGGUGCGGAUCAGGAGUUUGGCAUACGAAAAGUGGACCGCGUUUCAGUUGGCUCAGCUGCACUUACCUCCUUCCGUCAUUCCGUCGACAACCCAUGCCCAAGUUGCGGGUAUCACUCAAUGCUUAAUGGUGUCAUAUCUUCAUGCAUUGAUUGCUUCCUUUCUGAUGGUGAACUCUACCUGUACCGGUAUGGCGUCUCAUGGACUUUCUAUAAAGCCAAACUUCGACGAGGGACCUGUACCCGUAAGCCUUCUGAUACACCUAAUGUUGUCCUUGCUCGUGCUCAAUCUUUUCUUGCUACUGGUUUUGGUGACUACCACAUCGUUAACAACAACUGUGAGAACUUUGCAAUCACUUGUAAGACAGGUGAAGGCAUUGGCAUCCCGAAUGGCCAGGCAAAAUUCCUUCUAAAGAUCAGUCCAUGGUUCGCAGCAUCGGUUCCGGUCACGGUCGCAGUAUUGAUUGUAAUUGCGAUGUAAUAGAUUCGGACAAAUUCAGUGUAAACUGACCGAUACAAAUUGCCUAUCGUACUUAAAAAAGUAGUCUCAAUAAUCGCAUACCAUAGAGGUACCGGUGCUGUCAUGGAGAGAGACGUUUUUAGAUCUAGCAAUGAAAAAUAUCCUCCUUUACUUUAUUAAUCGUAAUUUAAUUUAAAUUGAAAUGUAAAAUUUCGUAAACUGUUUAGAGUUUUAGACAUUUUAAAAUGCAUCGUGUUCAAU